UGUGUGUACACAGGUGUGUGUUUUCCCACCAUGCACCACAUUUCCCUCUGUGAUACAUGACACACACUGUCUCUCAGAAUGUCCAUUCUUCUGUUCUCCGUGUUGAUCCUCCUAGCUACAGGAUCACAGGGAUCUUCCGCAAUGUACAGGAAGCCCCGCUGCAGUGAAUUGGCAGAAAUUAUGGCGUGUCCUCUGAACUUGGCUCCGGUUUGUGGCACGGAUGGAAACACCUACGCCAACGAGUGUGGCCUCUGUGUGCAGAGACUGAAAACCAAAACCGACAUCUUAAUCGCCAGAGAUGGCAGCUGCUGAUUUUCUUUAACGACGCUUCAAGCAUCGCUAGAACAAAACGAAUCUCAGAUUAAAGCAUUUGAAAUGA